AGGUGUUUCAGUGUACAGGUGAACAGUUUUAUCCUAUAUAUCCGAGAGGUCUACAGAAACACACAUGUUGUCACAUUGAGUAGUAUAUAUGUGAUUAUCUAUAGAAGGUAAAAAUGGAUGUUGAGGAUAACAAUCCAAAGAAGUCCUGUUGUUCCAAAACGCGCUGUUCCGUCAUCGUAUUGGUCAGCGUAUUGGUCAGUGUGGCCAUACUAUGUGUGGUCACGUUCGCCACUGACAUCCGGGAAAAGGUUCAGUAUGAUACAUCCAAACUAGAAUGGUGGAAAACGUCGCCUGUCUAUCAGAUCUAUCCAAUGUCAUUCAAGGACACUAACGAUGAUGGGAAAGGCGAUCUCAAUGGUAUAACGGAGAAGUUGUCGUAUCUCUCGGUCCUCGGGGUGAAAGCCAUAUGGAUCAGCCCUUUCUACGAGUCACCCAUGAAGGACAACGGUUAUGACAUCAUUAAUUAUACGGCGAUCGACCCUCUAUUCGGAACAAUGGACAACUUCGACCAUCUUCUGGUGAAAGCUAAGGAAAAAGAUAUCAAAGUGAUCAUCGACUUCGUGCCGAACCACACGAGUAACCAGAGCCAGUGGUUCACAGACAGUGAGAGUAGAGUGGAAGGUUACGAGGAUUUCUACGUGUGGGUCAACGGUACAGGCGACACGACCCCUAACAACUGGACAAACACCCUCGGUGCAUCAGCCUGGGCGUGGAGUGAUAUAAGACAACAGUAUUACUAUCACAACUAUCUCGUGGAACAACCGGACCUCAACUAUAGAAACCCCGCCGUCAUAGCUGCUGUUAAGGACGUAUUGAGAUUUUGGCUGGAUAAAGGCGUGGCCGGAUUCCGAGUAGACGCUGUUGUGCACCUGUUUGAAAGCGAAAAUCUUCAGGAGCAAGAGACGACUGUAAAUUUACCUGAGAUCUUCCCAGUAAUCGAAGGAUGGAAGAAGUUACUGGACACAUACAGCGACCCGCCUAGGGUCAUGUUUUCGGAGGCAACGUCUGUUGAUAAGGAAAUAAUCAGAAAAUACUACGAUGCCGGUACAAUACCAUUCAACUUUGACCUGGUCAAGCAGGUUAACAGAACGUGCGAUGGAAUGUGCUUUAGAGACGUGAUAAAAGAGUACAUGGAGACACUACGGUCAGAUGACUGGCCAAAUUUCUUAACAGGAAGUCACGACUUUUCUCGGGUGGCUACGAGACUUGAGAAAGACAAGGCACGAGCGAUAGCUAUGCUUCUUCUCACACUCCCUGGUACGCCAAUCAUCUAUUACGGCGAGGAGAUCGGUAUGACGGACGUGCCUUACACAUUCACUGAAAGUCAUGACACAUUCGGACUCCGUCUCGGAGAGGACGGAUAUCGGAAUAAGACCAGGGAUCCCGAACGAUCACCAAUGCAGUGGACGUCGGCUACAAAUGCUGGGUUUACCAAUGAUUCAGUCCAUCCUUGGCUUCACCUGAGUCUAGAGUCCCCAAAGGUCAAUGUAGAGGUGCAGAAGACAAUUGCAAGCGGGAUUUUACAACUGUAUAAAGAUCUGAUCAAGUUAAGAGAAUAUCCGUCGUUUGAGACCAGUGAACUAGAGUUUGCUCUCGUGGCCCAUGACAUUUUAUCUUACGUACGGCAUGCAAGGGGCUGGCAGAUGCACCUUGUUAUAAUUAAUCUCAGUUCCCAGAGUGCAACGCAUGACUUUUCUUCCGGUCCAGUGUUCUCCACCAAGGGAACUGUUGCUGUGACGACGGACAGUUCCUUAUCAGUCAAACAGGAGGUAGAUCUGACUAGCGUUACUGUAGAAGCUAAUCAGGGCGUGGUAAUUGCUGUCAAAUAUCAAAAGCAUUAAAGAAACAAAAUCAAAUGUGUUUGCUCAAUUUACGUAAAAGUCACAAAUAAACCGCAGCAUUACUGCAACCAUUCGAAAAGUAGGUAGUUCGUCCUAAAUCUAUUUCAGGGGCA